AUGGCAUUCUCUUCCCAACGACGUCAAUUCGGUCACAACGUGCGUCCUGCAAGCGGCCAUGCCUUCAAUGGUUUUGGCACCGCACGAACACUCGUGCUUGGCUUGUCGCGUAUCAUAUUCACGUCUCUGCCUGCCAGAACCGUGUCGGCCGCGCCGCUCUCUGCUUUCGAUGCCGUGAGCAAGCGAAGUGCUGCCUUUUGGCCUUCGCAGCACCUCGGCGAGGACGACCCUGAUGCAAGCGGUGCCAGUUUAUGGGUGCUCUAUGUCGCAUCGGCUGUUCUUGUUUUGCUUGGUGGCGCCUUCGCUGGACUAACAAUUGCAUUGAUGGGCCAAGACAGCAUCUAUUUACAAGUGCUCUCCCGUGAUGAUACCGAUCCUCAACAAAAGAACGCAAAGCGAGUCGACGAUCUCCUAAAACGUGGCAAGCACUGGGUGCUGGUGACAUUGCUCCUCUCCAACGUCAUUGUCAACGAGACUCUCCCUGUUGUGCUGGAUCGCUGCCUCGGCGGCGGCGUAGCCGCUGUGGUUGGUAGUACACUCCUGAUCGCUAAAGUUCUCGAUCAUGCGCUUGGCGAGGACCACGGCACCGUUUACAAGAAAAGCGGCCUGAAAACGCUGGUGACGCUUCAUCGAUCCCUAGGCGAGGUGUCGGAGCGUCUGAACCAAGACGAAGUGACAAUUAUCAGUGCUGUCCUUGACCUCAAAGAGAAGCCUGUUUCUAACGUCAUGACGCCCAUGGAGGAUGUGUUUACCAUGUCCGAAGAUACCAUCCUGGACGAGAAAAUGAUGGACAUGAUUCUCUCUGCUGGUUACUCCCGCAUUCCGAUUCACGAGCCAUUCAACCCAACCAAUUUUGUUGGCAUGCUGCUUGUCAAGAUUCUAAUUACGUACGAUCCGGACGACAAAAUUCGUGUCAGCGAAUUUCCUCUCGCCACACUCCCCGAAACCCGUCCUGAAACAAGCUGCCUUGAUAUUGUUAACUUUUUCCAAGAAGGCAAAUCGCACAUGGUACUCGUAUCUCAGUAUCCUGGUGAAGACCAUGGUGCGCUGGGUGUUGUCACUCUGGAGGAUGUUAUCGAAGAGUUGAUUGGAGAAGAGAUCAUCGACGAAUCGGACGUUUAUAUCGACGUCCACAAGGCCAUCCGCCGUCUUCAACCGGCGCCCAGAGCCCGGCCGACUCGCCACCGAUCUUUAGCUUCCGAGUUCGGUGCGACGGCAUCGACGGCGGCCACGAGAGUAGCCGAUGAAGACGAAGACAACAAUGGCGACGCUGAGCCGUCGUUGCAACAGCAAACCAUUCCGGUUCUGCGUGCUUUAUCAAAGACAAAUACCGCUGCUCGUGCCUUGUCGACAAGCCCGAAAACCACGACUGUCAUGAUGCGGCGCUGUUCAGCGGGUGCCGAUGGCCGCCUGACAAGGUCUACGGUCCCGGUCCGAGCCAACAUCGACGAGAUGUGGCAGCACCUACGUCAUCUAGGCCCGUCUAAUCGGGCUAACAAUCCGAAGAAUACCCGGUCAACAACGGUAAAAAUCAAACAGGGCCAUUCGCAUGCUGGGCACCAAGCCCUCCUUGAGCCAGUUCUCAUUGCAGAUGAUUUGGAAAGCCCGCACAUUGACGACGAGACGGAGGACGAAGACGCAGGAGAGACCACUCUGCUUUUAUCACCGAAGGUAUCAAACGGCAAGGAUAUCCAAGCAAGCUCCCGGGCACCCGUGCAAGAUUACGGCACUACCCGAAUGGUGUCCCAAAAGCCUGACACAGAGAGAAACGACGACUAUACAAAUGACGGCUUAUACACCGAUGCCAUCGAUACUCCGGCCAUUGAAAUUGGAACGCGCAGUGGUGAGAGCGUUACUAAUAGAGACUCUGGGAAGCAAAAUGUUAUCAUCAACUUGGACCGUGGCGGUGGUAAUAUCAACGUCGACGUCGGCGCUAGCAAGACCUCUGUUUUUGGUGAGAGUGCACACCCCAGCUCCGAGAGCAGUCCAAACCGCAGCAUUGUAGUGGCGGACAUCAACACACCUAUCUCACGACGAUCGCUUGUGCGCAGUGGCAGCAUCACGGAGAAUGUGAUUGAGACGAGGGGUAUCCGCAAAGUCAUUCUGGAAACGACCAGUUCGGCUGAAGACGACGAGGAGGCCGUGGUUGGCACUGCCAGCAGCGUUAUUCAACGGCGCAGUCCUCUAAGUGGUUUCCAAAGCCCCGUGACACGCAGCACUCAUGUUUCCGAGGUGGAAGAUAAGACAGUCAAGAAAAGGGAUCUUGAAACAGCACUGUUUGCGGCUCAGUCCGCGGAAGCGUCCGCCCAUAUUUCAACACCGAGCAGCAGCCAAAUUGACGGCACUGAAGACCAAGAAAGCGAUUCUGUUGCCGCGGCCGAUGCCAGUGGCCGUCCCAAAAAGAAGACCCGCCGCAAGAAGAGGAAAAACACAAAGUGA